UUUAUUUUCGUUUUCGUUUUCAUUUUUUUUCCGAAAUAUUUCUCGUGCGAGUGAUCGGUUUUUCGCUUUUAUUAUAAUAUUAUUAGGAGUUGGACGUUGCUGUUGUCAAAGCCACCAACCACGUCGAGCGUCCUCCCAAAGACAGACACCUUCGAAAAAUCUUGUUCGCAACUUCUGCUGUACGGCCUAGAGCUGAUGUUGCUUACUGCAUUCAUGCAAUCGCGCGUCGAUUGGCCAAGACGCGGAACUGGACGGUAGUGAGGUUAUCUAUGAGGAUGCCUAGAGUGUUACAGGGAGAUUAGGGGUAUCUUCAUUCUAUCUUAAAUGUGGUGGGGAUUGAGGGAGAUGCAGUGCUUGGAUUCAAGUUAGGUGGACCAAAUUGAGAAAUGCACCAGGCAUAAUUUUUGGAUUAUAUAUCAAACUCAAUGGAAAAUUUUACCAAACAAUGAUAAGAAUAGUGCUUUAUGGUACUGAGGGCUGGAAAGUAAAGUACCAAAAAGAGCAAAGCUUAAAUAUAACAGAGAUGAGAAUGUUGUGAUGGAUGCAAAGGACACAAGAAAAGAUAAGAUUGUGAACGAAUUUGUUUAGGAGAAAGUGGUUUCUACCUGAUGACAAGACCAAUAAAGGUUAUAGUGAGAAAUAUUGGCAAAUGAAUUGAAUAUUGCAUCAAAUUUUAUUAAGGGUGGAGGAAGAUUGAAGAAAACUUUAAGCGAGACUGAAAGACCUUGAUCCGAGAUACUUCAAAAUCUUCAAAACCUCACUCUUCUUCCUAAGGUGGCAUUGAAAACAUUGAUAGUCAUUCAUAGGAUGUUGAGGGAGGGUGAUCCUACUCUCAGAGAAGAAUUUCUUAAUUUCUCACAGAGGGGGCGCAUACUCCAGCCUUCUAAUUUCAAAGAUGAUUCUAGCCCAAUUGCUUGGGAUUGUUCUGCCUGGGUACGUACUUAUGCAUUAUAUUUGGAAGAAAGACUCGAAUGUUUCCAGGUUCUGAACUAUGAUAUUGAAGCUGAGCGUCUAGCUAAGCCUGUUGCUGGGGAGGACAAGGGGUACAGCAGGACCAGGGAUUUGAAUAGUGAGAAGCUAUUGGAGCAAUUGCCUGCUUUGCAGCAGCUGCUCUAUCGUCUUGUUGGUUGUCGUCCAGAAGGAGCAGCUAUUAGCAAUUAUGUGAUACAAUAUGCCCUGGCUCUGGUUCUGAAAGAGAGCUUUAAAAUUUAUUGUGCUAUUAAUGAUGGCAUUAUCAAUCUUGUUGAUAAGUUUUUUGAGAUGCCCAGACAUGAAGCUAUCAAAGCCUUUGAUGUCUAUAAGCGUGCGGGUCAGCAGGCGGAAAGUCUCUCUGAUUUCUAUGAAAUAUGCAAAAGACUGGAACUUGCUAGGAAUUUUCAGUUUCCUGUUUUAAGAGAGCCUCCACAAUCAUUUCUUGUAACCAUGGAAGAAUUCAUAAAGGAGGCACCACGAGUGGUUAUAGUUCCAAAUGAGCCAUUGUUAUUGUUGACUUACAGACCAGAAGGUGUUCCCACGAUAGAAGACAAUAAAUCUUCUGAAGAACAGGAGCCAUCAGUGCCUGUUGAUGAUAUUGUCUCAAAUUCUGAGCCUGCUCCUCCACAGUCUCGCAACAAUUUUGAAACCGGAGACUUACUGGGGUUGAAUGACAGUACACCUGAUGCAUCCUUGAUAGAAGAAAGAAAUGCUCUUGCCCUAGCCAUAGUCUCCACUGAAACUGGAAGUACUGCUUUAGAUUCAAGUGGUGCUCAGGCAAGAGAUUUUGAUCCAACUGAAUGGGAGAUUGCCCUGGUCUCCACUCCAAGUACCAAUAUUUCUUCAGUCAAUGAGAGACAGUUGGCGGGUGGGUUGAAUUCUCUCACCCUUAGCAGCUUAUAUGAUGAAGGAGCAUAUAGAUCUGCGCAGCAACCAGUAUAUGUAGUGCCAGCCCCAAAUCCAUUUGAAGUGCAAGAUCCUUUUGCUUUAUCAAGUAGCAUCCCUCCCACGUCAACCGUACAAAUGGCAGCAAUUGCUCAACAGCAUAUAAAUCCAUUCCUUCAUUACCAACCAUAUCAGCCACUGCAGCAGCAUAUGCUGAUGAACCCAGCAAAUCCCUUUGGGGAUGCAGGAUACGGGGCAUUUCCUGUGAAUCCUGUUUCUCACCCUCAUAAUAAAAAUCCAUUUGGAAGCACUGGCUUGAUGUAGGAACAUUAUUUUGCUUAUAAAGAAAAGAAAAAAGACGAUAUAGGAACAUUUAUUUUGGAGAUGCAAUGUAAAGCUGGAUUUUAUUAGAUAGAUGGUUUCUAGAAUGAAAUGUAAAAUGGAGAUAGCAUAGUCAUGUGUCAAUCAUUUUAUAAUAGGCUAAAUUACACAUUUGGUCCC